UGCAAAUCAACGCUCAUCAUACACUUGUUGUGAAAAGACUUGCAAAGAUGCCUUGUCUUACUUCAGCUCAGAGGCAAGGGAUGCUGAGUGACUUUGAGUCAGUGCUGGAGAGAAUUCUCAUGGUGGAACAAAUUUUGUCCGAAUUUCUGUUGAGUAAAGAAGAUCUAGAGGAAGUGAUGAGGAGAAUGCGGAGAGAGAUGGAGAGGGGACUGCGAGUGGAGACACACAAUGAAGCCAGCGUCAAAAUGCUGCCCACUUAUGUCCGCUCCACACCUGAAGGCUCUG